CAGACUGUUUCAAAAAUUAUGUUCAAUAUUUUGGUUUCGCUUUGAAUCUCGCGACUAUUUAAGUGGGAAGGUUAAUUAGUUUUGGCGCUUCAAAACAAAGUUACACCGUAAUAAAUAAGUGUGACAUUAUUUGUGCUUCCUGGGAGUGGAUUGUAGACCUAUUUCUUUGCAGAAGUUUAAUAACCGCCAAAUCUCUGGGACAUACAGACUUGUAUCUGGCUACUGAUAUAGACAUUUAAAUUCUAAACACCAGGCACAAACGCUGGGUGCUAUUGUGAUCCGAGAAAAGAACUCGUGUGCAAUGCCUAAUCUUGCAGAAGUCAAUCUGACUUUAAAAUAUUACAAAGAGAAUCAUUCUUGUGAUAUAACUGUUCCAGUUGGCAUAACAGUCUCUGAAUUUAAAGAAUCCUGCACCUUUGCACCCCAGAAAGAAAUUAAAGAUUGCCAUGUUGCUUUCAAAAGUGAAAAUGAUAAAUUGUUUUUAAUCAAAGACACAGAAGUCAUCAGUAGCUGUAUAGCGCAAGCUAAAGAGAUACUUCUGCUCUCUAUGGGAGAACAGCAUCCUCAACAGAAAACAGAUUCUGAAAGCCACCGUUCAACAGAUCAAUUUGCCUGGUUCGAUAAUCUUGCAGACGAGAUCAAAAACAAGAGGUUGACGCCAGGUAUCGCCUCACUGCUUGCCCCUUGUUUUGGUCAGUUCUGGGAGAGUGUCUUCUACUGCCUCGGCUUCACCACAGAAAUCGUUGACCUGGAAAUGGAAAACUGUAAACACAAUGCCUGGAGAGCAGCCACCAAACUGCUGAUGAAAUGGGAACACAAAGUGACGAAAGACGCUACCUUAAAGUCACUUAUGGAGCGGAUGAUUCGAGUGCAUAAAUAUGGCUGCACUGUGAUUAAUUGGAAAAGUGUUCAGGAAAUCAUGACCAAUCACGUGUAGUCGUCUGCAAAACAUUUGUACAAAUUGAUGGACUUCAUUUUUUCAUUAUACCUCAGGUUUUGAGCUUGUCUUUGGCCUUUCCGCUGGCUCACGAUUCUCCACAUAAACCUUGAACAAUAAGGGACUAUAAGGAAACUAUUUCACAAAGGCCUACUACAAUUCCAGACGUCUGGUGGCUGCUAGCAAGAGAUGAGAUUCGAGAACAAGGUCUGAUGCCUGAAUGUAGCACAAAGACAAUACGACUAGAGCUAUUCGAGACUCCCUUGAUUUGUUGUUAAACGAGUCUCAACACUACAAGGAGAUUUCUUCAAAACCCUUGAUAAAAUUAAGAUAACUGUUUUAUUUACCGCAACGAUUAACCAAAGAGAUAAUAUGGUCAUUCUUGAAAGAGAAAAUAAAUUUUCUUGAAUUGAAAUCUGACUCUACCAAUACUCACACAAACCUUGGAAUUUUGUUACAUAGUUUCUCUUUAGUCAAUGGAAAGUAACCAAAAUAUAUAUUUGGCAUAGUAGCCAGGAUUAGAACAGACUACAUAAUGUUACCCUAAAUGUAUGGUAACUUGUGUUUGACUUUUAAUUUUCUAUCUUUUUAGAAGAGAUUGUAACACUACAAAGGAACUAUAGUAACUCUCCUAAAUUCACCUUCACCAGUCCUCUAGUAUAUUAACCAUCUAUCUCCGUUUCUCUCUCUAUCUUUUGCUAGGGUUAGAGUUUCUUCCACAGACAGGCCUGUCCAUUUCUUAAUUUGUCCUCCUUUCGAUUUGUGCGUUUAUAUGUGUAUACCGCAUGCUCCUGUGCCUUAUCUUAGCUUUUGCAUCUUUCUUGUUACUUCCAUAUUUGGUCUAUAUCAUUUAGCAUACUAAAUUGAAUUUCGCUCAAGCCUUAAUUCUAGUUACUUAAUACUUAAUUUAUUUUCGGCUACACACAUUGAUAUCAAGAGAAUAUUGUGAUGUAUAUGUAAAAUUGUACGUAUUAGCAGCACUAUCAAUUCUAAAUGUAUGUACAUAUUUUAUGGACAUACUUGUAUGAAUUUGCCCCUGGCUAGUAGCCAGUUCUAUCAGUAGACUUUAUAAGUCAAACUUUAUCUGUGUUAAUUGAGAAUAGUUUUGAUAUUUUAUUGUAUUGUGCGUUGGUCUAUUCUAUAAAGUCUAUAAAUACAUUGUAGUGAUAGACCUAACUGUUUUAUACUGUGUCUAAUGCUAUGUAUUUUGUAACAUCUUUUUAAAUGAAUUCUAGUCAUUUUGCUAUUGUUACUAUUGUUACUAUAAAAUUAUAUAUGCAUAUAUUUUCGCAUCAGAUCUAAUAUUUUAUAUGGUUUACCGGGUAAUUUUCAAAUAAG